AUGUUUAUUCCUGGAUUUGAUAUUAUUAAAGGAAUUGCAGUGGAUUGCAUGCACUUUGUUCUUCUGGGAGUCACAAAAAUGCUUAUGACAUUGUGGUUUGACAAGACACAUGCAUCUGAAGACUGGAACGUAAGUAAACACGUAGAAAAUGUUGACAGUCGCUUGCUAAAUAUAACUCUACCUAAUUGCAUUUCUCGGGCACCAAGAAGUAUUGCAAAGGAUCAUCCUCAUUGGAAAGCUUCAGAGUUUUUUUUUAUGGUAUUCCCUGUUUGUGGAACAUUUUGCCUGAUGAAUACUUUCAGCAUUUCACUUUGCUCGUGGAAGCAAUCUGGUUAUUAGAUCAGAGUUCAGUCUCACCUCACUGCGUAAGGGAGGCAGGUAACCUUUUGCGGCAGUUUUGUCUAUGAAUUGAGGCCUUGUAUGGAAGCCAAUAUAACACAUUUAAUGUUCACUGCCUUCUUCAUCUCCAUGAUUGUGUGAAUAACAUUGCUCCUUUCUGGGCCUCCUCUUGCUUUUGGUUUGAGGACUACAAUGGUGAAUUAAGAAUCUUAUUUCAUGGAACACAAAAGAUGGAAUCACAGGUUGCAUUUUCUGUC